CCACUCUACCUUCCCAAAGUCUUUCUUGACCAUCAGGACCACGUUUCCAGCGCACUGACUAAAAUGUGCCACGGAAAUUGCCGCUUAGUUUGUUCUAGUUCCUGCACACUGUCCUAACACAUCGCGCCGUCAUAGCCCUUCCUCCCGCGGCGGCAUUUCCUGGCGUCUGCGGUCACUAGCAGCUCUCCAGCGCUGCGCUCCUUCCUGCGCUCGCUCUUUCAGACCAACGACUAGUCCUCGCUGCUUGAAAUGGCGUCGCACCUUUCAAUGGCGUCCGUUGUUCUUAGCUCUCGCCUCACUAUGUCAUCCCAUUCUCUCUCUAGCUCCUCGAAUCUCCUCGUCGACGCAUCGGCGCGCUUCUGCGGAACAUCCCUUUCCGCCGCGGUGCGCCUCGCGGAUAAAAGCGGCUCUCGUUCGGUUGCCACCCGCCAUUCCCGCCGCGGCAUCCCCGCCUCGCCGUCCCUCGCGCCGUUUCAGCAGCCCGCUUCCCGCACCCUUCUCGUCGUUCCGCGCGCUAAGUACCUGGGCAAGUUUGGCUCCGCUCCCCCGGCAGUGCCCGCCGCCGGCGCCGCCGGUCGCGCUGCUGGUGGCGCUGCUGCCGCUGGUGGCGCCGGCGCCGCUGCCGCGCAGUCUCCGCCGGCCAGCGCGCUCCCGUCCCUCGUGCGGCAGCUGCUGCCGCUGACGGCGGCCGUCGUGCUUCCAGUCGCUGCCACCGCCGCCGCAUUCGCCGCCGCGGGCUUUGGGGAGCGCGACGCGGGCGAGUGGUUCCGCAGCCUCAACCCGCCGGCUUUCGCGCCCGCGGAUUGGCUGCUGGCCGCCACGUGGACGGUGCUGCAGCUGCCAGCUGGCGUGGCGUCGUGGAUGGUUUGGCGGAAUGGCGGAUGGGCGCGGCAGCGAGGCGCGCUGGAGAUUUAUCUCAUCCAACUAGCCGUUGGGCUGCUGUGGCCGGUUGUCAUGUUUAGGCUGAAAAAGAUCGACGCGGCGGCGGCGGUUGCAGGCGCUCUCACCGUCUCCUCCCUCUCCACCUUCCUUGCCUUCUACCGCGCCUCUCCCCUCGCCUCGCUCCUCUUCCUCCCCCUCCUGCUCUGGCUCGGCCUUGUCUCCGCCAUCACCUAUUCCAUCUGGACCAAUCACAGUGUGGUCCUCGACAAGCUACAGGACAAGCUACAGUGGGGCGAUUUGCAGGCGACGGCUGGCAAGAUUUUGAGUGAUUUCCGCGGGCGUAUUGACAGCAGUGGCAGUGGUGGUAGCAGCAGCAGUGGUGGCAGCGGUGAGGGGAGUGGGUGGGGCACGGGAGGAUGGGAUGGUGGGGAAUGGUCGGCUGCUCGUAGCAACCAGAACAAGCGCAUUGACUGACUGUGCUGCUAGGUUGCCCAGCUCCGUGGGCUGUUUGCUCUGGUUGUUGCUGUAGUGAAUACAGGUGGGCUGCGGAUCACGUGGCUUACCGUAUCUCCAUCCGAUCACGUGGCUUGCUGUGGGUUGCUUUGCCCUGGGUGAUGGGGUGGCUGCGUUCUUUAGUUCAUGUAUAGUCUGGUGCCUGUUAGUUGUGGCAGUGGUGGAAAGUUCGCUCUGCAGGCACUGCGAGGUGCUGGAGGCUUGG